AUGCAGAUCAAGACCCUCCACACAAUCAUGGCCCUUUUGCUUACCACGUUCGUCUCGGCUCUGCCCAUUGGAAACGACAACGGGAUCAACACAGUCAAUGGCAACGGUGCCCAGCAAAUUUAUGGAAAUCAAAAGACUUCAGAGGAUAUGAGUCCGCAACUGGGAUUGGUUCAGGGGACCUUGAACAAGCUCUGUAUUGGUUUACCAGCGAAAAUCAACGCGCAGUCUCUUGUGGCGCUGGUGAACGUCGGCGUACAGGAUAUCAACGUCCUCUCGAAUCCACAGAAUCAACAGUGUACAGAGAAUAGUACGCAAGCCAAGGGCGAUGAACCGCUUUCCCAUAUACUAGACAACAUUCCUGUCCUUUCAGGAAAUGGUAGUCUCGGGUCCUGA